CGCGGGGAUUUUUGACCGGGAGUGCAGAUUUUGCCCUCCGUCCCUGUUUCCCACGAGGAAUUGGGAUCUUCACGGGGAUCCCCAUUCCCCACCAAUUAACAUCAAACUGCUCCCACAACAGUAGCAAAGCAGAUGGCUUAGGCUGUUUGGCGACGGCGGCAGCAGCAGCAGGAGGCCCCAGUGGCAGUAGCAGCAGUAGCAGCAGGCUCCGGUGGCGGUAGCAGCAGCAGCAGCAGAUGGGUUUGGUGGUGGCAGCAACAUAUGGUCCGGCAGCAAUAGCAGAUGGUCAGGCAGCAACAGCAGAUGACUCCGGUGGCAGCAGUAGCAGCAACAACAGGGAAACUGAAGGUGAGAUGGACGUGAGAGAUGUGUGAAGCUGCAGUUAAAGAGAUUGAGUGAUGGGAAUUAAAAUAAAUUAGGGUAAGGGUUAAAUGUAGGGGAAUGGGUUGGGUUGGGUUGGAUAGUAUUGGGUUAAAUUUAAUUGUAAUUGGAUUAAAUUUGGGUUUGGGUUUGGGUUUGAAUUUGGGUUUAGGUUUGAGUUUAAAGAAUAAAUUAAUUUUAAAAUA